AUGGCCACUGAAGAAGAUUUUCAACAAUUCGAAGAAGAAGAAAAUAGAGACGGAUAUAAAGUUACUGCAAAGAAAACAGUUGAUGAAUAUAAAAAUCUAGAUGCAGAGGACCAAUCGUUGGCUAAAUGGAAGGAGUCUCUGGGGCUAAGUUCCGAUGUAUUGCCAUUGGAGUUUCCUGGUGAUAAGAGGAAAGUCGUCAUUCUACAAAUUCAAUUGUUGAUUAAUACAGAAAAGGAGCCAAUUACUUUUGAUUUGACUAAUGAAAAGACAAUCAAAGAAUUGGCUUCAAAACGCUACAAGAUCAAAGAAAAUUCAAUUUAUAAAUUAAAGAUCAAGUUUAAAGUGCAGCAUGAAAUCAUUACAGGUUUAAGAUACGUUCAAAAUAUCAGAAAAGCCGCAAUUAAUAUAGAUACAAUUGAUGAUCAUUUGGGAUCAUACGCUCCAAACACAAAGAGUAAGCCUUUCUAUGAAGUAGAAUUACCAGAAAGUGAAGCUCCAAGUGGUUUCUUAGCUAGAAGCACAUACAGUGCCAUUUCUAGAUUCAUCGACGAUGACAAGACUACUCAUCUAACUCUUCGCUGGGGUGUCGAAAUCGUUAAAAAAUAA